AUGGAUGCAUUCAUUAAAGAACUAGUUAAAUGGCCAGUGGUUUUACGUCUUCGAACACUAAAUAAUGAUGAUGAACAUGUUGAUAGACUUAAUCAUCGGGUAACAGUUGGAAUAAUACUUAUUGCUGUUUUUAUAACUUCAACAACACCAUUUAUUAGCAAUCGAAUUUCAUGUUGGUUACCAACAGAACUAAAACAUAGCAGUUAUAGUAAAUAUAUUGAACAUUAUUGUUGGAUCAGUAAUACGUAUUAUAUACAUUCAAACGUUACUCCACCACAUUCUGAUGAUGAUAGACGAGCGUUACAAAUAAGUUAUUAUCAAUGGGUACCUAUUCUGUUAAUAUUAAUGGCCUUAUGUUUUUAUGCUCCUCGAAUGUUCUGGCGUUCAUUUAACGCUCAUUGUGGUAUUGAUAUACAAAAUCUCGUAAAAAAAAGUCAAAUUUCAUCAAAAAAUUCGGUAAAAAAUGCUUCGGCAAUGCUUAAUUAUUAUUGUCAAUCAUUUAAAUAUAAACGUUCAAAACUUUCAAUUAAUAUGCCAGCUUAUAUUCGUCAUAAUAAACAUCGAGGAAAUUAUUUAUUUUCUCUUUAUUUUCUAACACGUUUUAUGUAUUUAAUAAAUUCAAUAUUUCAAUUGAUUUUACUUAAUCUUUUACUUGGUCAUCGUGGUAAUGCAUGGUUUCUUGAUAUUGAUAUAAUGAAAUCAAUAUUUCGUUAUGGUAAUCCAUUACUUGAUUCACCUUAUUUUCCUCGUGUUACACUUUGUGAUGUACCUAUACGUGAAAUAGCCGAAAUUCAUCGUUAUACAGUUCAAUGUGCAUUACCAAUAAAUAUUUUAAAUGAAAAAAUCUUCUUGGCAUUAUCAUUUUGGUUUAGUUAUUUAAUUCUUCAUAAUAUUUUUAGUUUUAUUAUAUUAAUUUAUCAACAAUUUCAACGAAAACGAAUUGAAUAUAUCAGACGUUUAACAACAUUAUUUCCAGUAGAUAAAGAAUAUUUAGAAAAUUUUACAACAAAUUAUUUAACAUAUGAUGGACUUUUUUUACUUCGUUUAAUAAGUCAUAAUUCAAGUGAAUCACAAACAAUGGAUAUUGUUGAAAAUAUUUUUGAAAAAUAUCGAAAUGAAAGAAUAAAUAAACUGCAUACAUGA